AUGGCGAUUUGGAAGAGGAUGCUUACAUGGAGAUUCCUAAAGGUUACUUUGUUUCUUCUAAAAAUGACCAUUCCAUCCCUUUGGUUUGUAAGCUACAACAAUCAUUAUAUGGCCUUCGACAAGCGUCUCGUCAAUGGAAGUGGUUCUUCCUAUGUUUCCCUUCUUGUAUAUGUUGAUGAUAUAGUGAUUACAGGGGCUUCUGUUGAAGGACUUCAUGCUCUUAAGCAAAGUUUAAGUCAACAAUUCAAGCUAAAAGAUUUGGGUAAUCUAAAACUAUUUUUGGGACUUGAAAUUGCAAGAUCCAAAAAUUGCAUUUUCAUUUCUCAAAGGAAAUAUGCUUUGGAUUUACUUGAUGAUACAAGAUUUCUAGCUUCCAAACCGGUUUCUUAUCCAAUGGAUCCUAAGCUCAAAAGUUCAAACUUUCAAGGUCCUCCUGUUUUUGAUCCAUCACAAUAUCAAAGGUUGAUUGGGAGGCUUUUAUAUUUGACUAUAACUCGGCCCGGCAUUUCUAACGAUUUCAAUUGA